CUAUUGAAGUCAUUUUACCAGACUUGAGAAUUUUGGACUCGUUCGAUGAAGAUAAAUUAUUUUCGUGUAGCCAGCUGAUUAUCUUUACUCUAUUGACUGUCAAAUUUUAAUAGCUUUCUAAGUUUAUGAUAAAUGGAUUAUUAGAAUUGUACAAUGUAAUAACUUAUUAGCUUAAAAAGUCUAGUUAAACAAAUUGCCUUCGUUCGUUGUUAAGCUGGCUAACCUAGCUAGCUAAGAUAGUUGGCACGUCUGACUGAUCUAAAUCGGGAUAAUACUUGGAUCGCCUAAAUAAUUAGCUUCUUGUUUUACUGAAGUUAAGGCAUUACGAUUUGCUACAAUGGGUGCACAUAGAACUGAUGGGCGCAGAGACUGGCUCCAACAAGACGUCUCAGAUCAGCAGGUCCAGUCCAUGAACCCCUGGAAUAUCAUGAUUAAGCAUAGACAAGUUCACCGCCGGGGUAGACGCUCACAGAUGACUGUCAGUUAUACAGAUCCUGUGAUCUCCAUGGACCUCCUACGGACAGUUCUUCAGCCUAGUUUCAAUGAGGACAUUAUGGCGGUCUUCAGAAAAUAUAUGAAGUUUUUUGAGAAAGCAGCCAGCAAUGUGAAAGAGAAUGUGGGUGAAGAUGUUCACACAGAUCAACUCAUUAAAGAGGCUUGUCGUAACUGCUUGGAUCAUGCAAAACAGCUCUUUCCCGAUACUGAGAAAAUCACCCAAAGACCUGUUUUUGACCACUUAGUAAAGCGUUCACGUCAGAUGGAAGAUGACUCCAACCAAAGAGGAAGCCCAAUCCCAAAAAAGAGGAAGGGCCGUCCACCUGGCCCAGUCAUGCAAUAUGAUAGACCUAUACAAUACAGCACUCCGGUAAAGCCUAAGACAUCUGAACCCAUAAAGCGAGAAGGACCAAAGUGGGAUCCAUCCCGGUUGAACGAAAAAAGCACAUUUGUUUUAGGCUCCAGAGCCAACAAGGCUUUGGGGAUGGGUGGCACCAGGGGAAGGAUCUACAUUAAACAUGCAGACCUCUUCAAGUAUGCUGCCGAUGCUCAGGACAAGCACUGGCUUGCGGAGAGGCAGCACAUGAGGGCCACAGGUGGAAAGAUGGCAUAUCUACUUAUUGAAGAGGAUGUCCAAGACCUUGCCAUAAGUGAAGAAUACAAAGACUGUCCUGACUUGAGGAUGGAUGAGCUGAAGCCAUUUGUGGUGCCAGGUUGGAUGGUGGAGAAGAUGCAGAAGGCAAUGGAGGCCCAGAGAUCAGAAAAGGAGUAGCAAGACAGGAGGAAAGAUGAGUAGAGUGGGCAAAAUCAAACUUGAGUUGAGAAGUGUUGAUCCAGGUUCAGUAACUAUAGUCCUAUGAUUUAUUUUUUAAAAGCAUAAUUUUAUUAUUCUAGGAGAGGAUCCUAAGUUAUUGUUACUCUGAAACAUUUGAUGGAUACAAUUCCUAAUGUGAUUCAGCCAGACAUGACUGGACCAUGCACACAUGUUGAUGUCUAGAAGAACCACAGUCUAAUUUCCAUUAUUUUGAUUUAUGUUUUGUUGUUGUUGCUGUUGUUGUUUUGCUUUUGAUGAUGAUGUUUUUUACACAAGCACAAUAGACUCUGGCCUUACAAUCAAGCUGGAAACCUUUUUGUUCUUCAUAAACCAGAAUUUAUAGAGAUAAUACUAGACUGAAGCAGAUUUAAGUUUGAUGUUCUUGUUUUGUUUGCUUUUAAUUUGUUUUCUUAACAAAAUACUUUUUGAAAACUUAGGGGCUUCUUUCUUUUGUUUAGAAUUUCCUGUUCUCACCUUGUAUUUACUGUGUAAUACUCAAAAAAGCAAAGUUAUUGUCUACUCUGGCUGCAACAGUGUUGUCCAUUGCCAUGCACAGUAACUCACUGGAAUCUUUUUGUAAUAAAGAUUAAACUUUUAGGUGACAAAUUAGAAAUAUUUUA